CUCCAGCUCCGAGGGCACGAGGACCAACCAUGAAGGCUUUUCUGGUGGCCCUGCUGGCUGCAGUCCUGUGUGCCCAACAAGCUUCCUCCCUGUUUUGCUACAUCUGUGACAAUGAACAUUCCAACUGGAACUGCAUGAAAACCUACAAGUGUGAGGACCAUGAGAAAUACUGCACAACCACGUACAGCACUGUUGGAUUGGGCAAGGACGUGGGGCACCGCAUCACCAAGAAAUGCUCUGCGGACUGUCCCGAGACCAACGUGGAUUUCGGGAUGGCCGCGUACUCCACCAAGUGCUGCAAAACCUCCCUGUGCAACUUCAGCGGCGCCAACAGCAUCCGGAUCAACUACGCCGUGGUCCUGCUGGGAAUCCUGGGAAGCUUGAUCUGUGUGCUCAGGGUGGGAUUGUGAUCAGGCCUGGCAGGAGAUUGUGACCACCCGAGGACCCACGAGGAAUUCCCCAAGUGAGAAACCUCAAGCCGAAGGUUUCCAGCAGCGACCCUGUCGUAUUCCAAGACGUUGCUUCAGAUCCCAACAUGACACCUAUUUUUCCCCCCCCCCUGUCGUUUUAUACUAAUUUUUCCCCUGGAAAAGCUGUUUUGAUAGCACGUGUGUGAUAAUUGUCAGACAAAAUAAAGAUUUGUGUUAUUCUA